CCGGCGCCAAUAUUCGUUGGUGGUCUCUCGCUCUUUCUCUCAGUCUCUCUCUCUCUCUCUCUUGAGUGCUUCCCUUAAAAUCCAAAGAAACCCAUUAUUUUUAAAGUCGAGAACUUUGAUCCCUGUAGUCUGUUUCUUGUCCUUUUGAGAGUUUCCAGCAACUCUCCUCCCUACCACUUCAAUCUCCCCCGUACACUUCAAUAUGAGUUUUUCAGCUCCUUUAAUGGAGAACGGCUUUUCUUCGCCUCGGAACGAAUCGUUCCCGGCUGGUCUCCGUGUUCUCGUCGUUGAUGACGAUCCCACGUGGCUCAAAAUCCUUGAAAAGAUGCUGAAGAAGUGCUCCUACGAAGUCACUACGUGUGGCUUAGCAAGAGAAGCUUUGAAAUUGCUUCGAGAGAGGAAAGAUGGGUAUGACAUUGUAAUCAGCGAUGUUAACAUGCCCGACAUGGAUGGGUUUAAGCUACUUGAGCAUGUUGGACUCGAGAUGGAUCUUCCGGUCCUUAUGAUGUCUGUUGAUGGAGAGACCAGUAGGGUCAUGAAAGGGGUUCAGCAUGGAGCAUGUGAUUAUCUCCUCAAGCCCAUAAGGAUGAAAGAACUCCGGAACAUAUGGCAGCAUGUCUUCCGAAAAAAGAUUCAUGAAAUAAGAGAUAUUGAGAGCCACGACAGCUUUGAUGGAAUUCAAAUAUCAAUAAAUGGAUCAGAUCUUUCUGAUGAUGGGCACAUGUUUUGCGGAGAAGAUCUGACUUCUGUAAGGAAAAGGAAAGAAUUUGAAAAUAAGCACGAUGACGUUGGUGAUCAUUCGUCUCCAAAGAAACAUAGAGUGGUUUGGUCAGUCGAUCUUCACCAAAAAUUCGUCAAAGCUGUAAAUCAAAUUGGCUUUGAUAGUAAGUACGAGGUUGGCCCCAAGAAAAUACUGGAUUUAAUGAAUGUGCCGUGGUUGACUAGAGAAAAUGUUGCUAGUCAUUUGCAGAAGUACCGCCUCUACUUGAGUCGGUUGCAGAAAGAAAAUGAUCUGAAAGCUUCUUUUGGUGGGAUAAAGCUAUCAGAUUUGCCUUCGAAGGAUCCUGCUGGAAGUUUUGGUGUUCAGAGUUCAAUCAGCGGGAACCAAAAUGAUGUUCCAAAUGGCAGAUACCAAUAUUCUGGCGAAAACUUCUUUGCUCAGGAUUUGGAUACCAAAAACCAUGAAGGUGAUUUGAAGAGAGUUGUUUCAGAGUCCACGGACACCAAAAGCACCUUGACUGCUGAUCUUCCUGAUCCUCAAGAGACGAGGAGUUCACAGAUGAGUUUUGAUCAUUCUUUUGCAUCACUGGAUUCAGAAGUGAACUAUACUGCCAUCCCAGCACAGUACUCUUGGAGCGAAGCUCCUCAAUUCAAAGAAGAACAUAAGCCGCUUCUUCAGUUGGAAGAUGGCUUUAGCCAGCUGCCGCCUUCUGGUUUACACCACAUCCAAAUUGAUCCAUUACAAUCUGCUUCAUCCAUUACCUCUGGGCUUUCUGUGACAGGAAGAGAAAUAUGUGGCCCUGAAAAAAUUAAACCAUUAUAUGCUCAGUUCAAUGGCAAUCAUGUGAGCCUUCUCAGUCCAAAGGAAAGUGCGAUAGACAGUUUUCCUGUUCAGUCCAAGAGCCAUAUGGUAAAGCAUCAAUCCUUUGAGCCCAUUUCCACUGCAAUAUCAGGCAUGAAACCGCAGGGCUUCAAUCUAAGUUGCAUAACUGACUUUGAAUCUUGCCAACGAAACCUGAUAUCGGCAACUGACACAACUUUUGCGCCAUUCAAUGAGGACCUGACAGUUUGUUGGCUUCAAGGUGAUUGCCAUAGCAUGAAUUUUGAACUCCCUAAUGUAGAGUUUACUGACUACACUGAUCCAGGCUUCAUCGCCGAAUUCCCUAUAUACUUGUGUGACACACUGACUUCGGACAAUGAGUGUCCCUUUGACACACCGGAAUAUCCUAUAGUUGAUCAAGGUCUAUUUUUAUCGUGACCAUGCUCUGCCCUACUGCACAUCUUGCAGGAAGGAGGAUCUUUUGUUCGUUCUUCUUAUGCAACCAAUAUUGUAUGGAGAACUUCGAACUUUAUGGAUUGGGAUCUUAUUUUCCUGACCAGUUUCCUUGGAUGUUGUAACUUGUAUAAUAGGAGUGGUGUCGAACUUUUUGCAUAAUAAGUUUGCUUGUUGAA